AUGGGCGCCAGCGAUUCGAAGCUUGUCUUCAAGAAAGGCAUCUUCAGGCUUUCUGAAGAGCGACACAUUCCCGCCGAUGAUCCCUACUGGACUUCUUUUUGGGAGCUUCCCGAAUCCUCAGAGGAUAUCUUCAGCCUUUUCGCCCCCGCCGACAUUCGUCGCACUCGAGACAAGGCCCUAGAGAAUUUAGAAACUCUAAUAUUGGCAUUAACAUCACGCCUGUUCAUCCUGCGCCACCAUCCUUCGUUCCCCGAUCCCGAAAUCGCUCCCGAACGCGAUGCUCUCAAUUGCGUCCGCGUCCUGACGCGCAUCCUUCCCUUCAUCUACGAGGCAGAUAAUCUUGCAGCAUGGGAGGAGCGGUUCUUCUGGGGUGCGCGGAGGAAGAGAACUAGGCAAUCUGCGAUUGCUGCCGAAGUGCUGUUUGACGGGGCUCAAGAAGGCCAGAAACCGCCCAAGAACGAAAAUGAAGACUUCGAAGAUGCCAAACCCCUCGCCGAAGAGCUCAUCGACACACUGGUCGACUUGCUCUUCUUCUCAGACCUCACUCUACCUAGGCAGCCUAGUGGGCGGCCAAAAGUGUCAUACGCCAUCUGGCAGAGUGGUGUAGGCUGCAACACAUCAGUGGCGACCACCAAAGAAUUCGAGAGCAAUCGUAGCGAGAUACUCCGCUUGCUACUCACUAUGACUAGCCAGAGCAUGUACAUGUCAUCAAACGUGCUUCCGCAGAGAGGAAUUCGAGCCUUGACGCAUAUCUGCACGUGCCCUGAUAAGCAGGUCGUGCUAUCAGUCUUGUGCUCGUUGCUCAACACUACCCUCAAGUACAAUCCAGCUACCUGGCGUGUACCAUACAAUACCCUGGUCUUCAAGGACGAGAAGCAGAUACUGGUGACUUACACACUCCAGCUUUUGCUAGUCUUCCUGUUGUACCCAAUUCCCGAGCAAAACGGCACGACUCCCAAGAACUAUUACCGCCACUUCCUUGGCAGACUCCAUCGGCCACAAGACUUUCAGUUCAUCGUCGACGGCAUGACACGGAUUCUCAACCAGCCGCUCCAUGAGAAGAGCUCGUAUCUUCCCAGUGGGCAAACCAAUGCCAGAUUUGCGCCAGAGAUCAUCAUGCUCUUUUGGGAAAUCACUCAGUGCAACAAGAGAUUCAGAUCGUUCAUCAUCGAUACUGAGCGGGUCCAUGACUUUGUCGUGCUAACUCUUUUCUACGCUCUGGAGUACAAGAAUGACGCAUCCAAGCAAGGCGUUGUGAGAAUGUGUGCUUUUCUGCUGCAGACGCUGAGUGUUGAGAAGAACUUUGGCGCCAAUCUCAACAGAAGAUUCGAAGGCCAGGACAGCUUGCCUUUGGUUAUCAGGAUACCUGGCUUCAGUGGCACUCAUGCGGAUUUCCUGAUACACUCCAUCUACAACCUCAUCACCACGAGCCAAGGCAGACUGACAGCUAUAUACCCGGCUCUCAUGGCUGUCAUCAAUAACAUUGCCCCCUAUCUGGAGGGGCUAAGCUCGGCAUCUGCCUCAAAGCUCCUGCAACUAUUUUCGUCCAUGUCUUCACCUUCCUUCCUUCUCGCAAACGACAGCAAUCACGAUUUACUAAGGUCACUAUUGGAGUCGAUAAAUUCAAUUGUCGAACACAACUACCAAAAGAAUCCCGAGCUUAUUUUCGCAAUCCUGCGCAACAAGAAGCGGAUAGAAGCAUUGCGGACGUUCACCUUAGAGAGCGGUCAAGAGGAGAUUGAGAGACGAAACCGUCGCCGCAAAGAAUCAGCAGCCAAUGGCGAUGGGCUCGAGCCAAGUUCUGUGAGGAGCUCGGCAGAAAGUAUCCGGAGCCCGACGAUGUCUCAUCCUCGACCUCCGACGUUAAGUGAUGUUCCGGAAGAGGACGGUACGUUCGCGAUUGGUGAUGACGAGGACGAUAGCGAGGACGAGGACCACCACCCAACGCCAGCGCAGUCGACCACGAGCGAAAAUCCGUCUGUGGCAUCGUCACAAGCAUCAGUGGUGGAAGACGCCGUUCCGACACAACUCCGGGGUAUGUCAGAAAAGGCCAGAGGCAAGAUGCCCGCCGGCAUGAGCAACUUCUCAAGACAAAACAGCACCACAAGUCUGGGCGGAUAUUCUGCAAGUGGACAGUCACAAUCCGGUGGCUUUGAGCCAACAGCCAAUUGGAUUGAAAGCUGGUUACCAGAGCUGCCUCUUCACACUAUUCUUACCGUAAUUCAGCAGGUGACAGCCCUGUUGCCCAGGCAAGCCCUCGCAGGAGAGUCUGCAAACCGAGAGACACUCUUGAAGAUCCAAGAAAUCAAGCUGGUGGGAGUUGACCCAACACCACCACGAGUGCACUCUUUUGAGUGGUCGCAGCUCUCACUAGGAUGGUACGAAUCGUUGCUGUGGGGCUUUGUUUUCAGUAGCGAGAUUCAGAUCUCGAAGGGCACAGUUGGAAUUUGGAAUGGUACAGCGAUCAAGCUGUUCAGGGUCCAGGAGACUGCACCUCAAGGGCCAAGUCUGGCAUCGCCGAGGGGAGCCGUCGAUGCUGUUGGAAGCAAUAUCGUGUCCCGAAUCGGAGCUAUGAACCUGCGAGGUCCCGGAGGUACACCGCCAGCAGCCACAUCUUGGUCUGAUCCUCUGAUGCGGGCCCGUGAGGACACUGGUUAG